AUGAAUGGUCAUGGUGCAGAGCCGCCUAAUAAGUACGAAUCCAAUGGUGUCGAGUUUCAAAAUGAAUCGAUUUUGUGCGGAAUGGAAAUAAAGCAGGAGCCGACUUUCAAACAAGAGCCAGAAAAUGACGACAGUAUUGUUGCGGUAUCGCGAUCAUCGCACACUGUCAACAGUGAGCUACUCGGUAAUGCGAUUGGCGAGGAGCAAGUAAAUCGCACCGAUGAUUGCUUUGGUUUCGAAGAUUUGGAUGAAGUAAAAUCGGAUAUAAAGGUUGAAAAAGUUAAGAAAGAGGCCAAUCAAGUUGCUUCUAAGAGCUCUGAAAAGGAUCAAAUUCAACAACAAAAUCCGAUGAAACGUCUAUCGAAUGGUGGUGCUGAAAAAGUUGGCAAAAAAAACAAACAAAACGGUGCUCGUGACGAGAAGAAGCCACCUGAAGGCAAGGCAACUGGAAAGCGACACAAGUGUUCAUUGUGCGAGUAUGUCACUGAUUUUGUCAGUCGUUUUAAUCGGCACAUGCUCAAGCAUACUGGCGAACGACCAUUUUCAUGCCACGUGUGCCCGAAACGAUUCAUCCAGAAACAUUGCCUACAAUCGCACAUGAAAGCACACGUCAAUGAAUUUCUGUUCAGUUGUUCAACUUGUUUGCAAGGAUUUCAUCGCAGUGACGAGAAGGUGGAACAUGAAUCUGGUUGUAAG